GUGAGCGUUCGAAAGCGAUCGUGCGAGUUUCCAAGCGAUUUUCCAUCGAGUUUUCUCAAUUAAAUCUACAGAUAUGGCGCUGCUUCCUUACUUAUUAGACGAGCUUCGUCCGAGAAGGGCCCGCGACCAUCUUUUAGGGCUAGACUUGUCUCCAGACGACUUCUUGACCGACAUCUUCGACCGGCCAGCACUCCAAAUCCGAAGGUACAUGCGUCCGUGGAAAAACCUAUCGGCUCUAGCAAAGGAUGUCGGAUCAACGAUCAAAAGUGAUAAAGAGAAAUUCCAAGUGAAUUUGGACGUACAGCACUUUGCUCCUGAAGAAAUAUCGGUGAAGACUUCUGAUGGAUACGUCGUGAUAGAAGGGAAACAUGAAGAAAGGAAAGAUGAGCACGGAUUUGUGUCACGACACUUCAAACGCCGUUACGCUUUACCUGAAGAUUGUAACCCAGAAACCGUGGAGUCUAAACUUUCAUCCGACGGUGUCCUGACUGUCAUCGCUCCGAAGGUUUCUUCAGGGAAGGACGAGAAGGUCAUCCCAAUAACCCACACUGGUCCCGUGAGAAGGAAGGCGAUAGAAAAUGACGAAGAAAUGAAUGGACAACCAGAGCCAGAAGAGAAAUCGCCACAGAAAAAGCGAAGGCGUUGAUUCCGUUUUUUUCGUUUUUUUUUUUAUAAAACUGCAUUUAACUUAGGUAGAUAGGUAGGUACUUUUAUUUGUAUCUUAGAUAGUUUAUAGGUAGGUACCUACCUACCAACAUUUCAACGGUAAAAUUACUACGUAUAAUUUUUUUGUAAAGAUAAACAUGCAUUUUAGAUUUGAAGGCAAUGCAUUAUUCUUAUGCAUGUUCAUCUUUUAAUUAAUUAAGCUAAGUUGUAAUUAAUUAGUCCCAGUAUUUUCAAGUACAAUUCUAUAAUAAGAAAGACUGAUUUUCUAAGAGAUUUGAUAAAUAAAUAUAAUUCUAAGAACAUUU